UUAAAAAUGGGCGGGGUCACACGCUGCCUCGCCAUCCUCUGAUUGGCUGCCGGCGUCCUAUUAUGAUAAUGAGGAGGGCGUGUCCCGGGGCCGGAGCCGCUGCCUGCUCUGAGCUGCCUCAUUGUGUCGUUUGGACCCGGACUGGACGCACCGCCGCCCUGUCUGCACUCCUGUGAGCGGCCGCUGUGUGUCGGUGGAUUUAUUCCCGGAGCUGUGGGGAGCUGCAGGAGGAUUUUGCUGCCGGUUUGUUGGAACUAAGCAGAGCGGUGCUUUGGAUUAAUGUGAAGGGCUGGAGACGGAGCGGAGUCCGGCUGCCGGUGCUCCGCUGCUCCCGGAGAUGUGCAGGAAGGAAGAUUUAUAAACAGAAGAAUUAAUCAGGGCUGGAACCUACAGCUGGAGUCUGGACUUCUUCUUCCUCUGCCUGGAUUUGGACAUUUCUGCCUCACUCACUGGCUCUGCUGUGACGCUGCUUGUGAUUGGACAGUCCUGAAUUCAAGGACGUCUGAGGGGGUCCACCCCCGCCUCCCGACUCUGAACUUCACCGCUGUCAGCUGACCGGCUGGAGGCUCCACCUGCAGAUUCUCACCCUUUGACGUCCAUCAUGACUUGCUGACAUCAUCGCCACCUGCCCCCACUCUUUCCACCAAAAAUGGCCUCGACCACCUGGCUGUUGCCGUGGCGGCCGCCGCCACCAUCGUCGUCGCUGCUGCUACUGCUCAUCACGCUUGCUUGCUGCUCUUUGUCCGAGUCGGCCUCGACCACGUCCUUCCCCAAAGACCUGCAGCCGAUCAGUGUGGUCAGCUGGGAGCAGUCGUAUCAGUAUCCUGGUUUCCACGGUUUGCUUCAGGACAAUGACACGCAGCGUCUGGGUUUGGACUUUCAGAGGAUGUUACGGAUCAAUCACAUGUUGUACAUCGCAGCCAGGGAUCACGUGUUCGCUGUGAAUCUGACGACGGCUUCAGACGACUUCGUCCCGCAGCUGAAGCUGACAUGGAAAUCCAAAGACGUUGGCAAGUGUACGGUCCGAGGGAAGAACAGCGACGAAUGCUACAACUACGUUAAAGUCCUUGUGCCCCGAAAUGACGAAACUCUAUUUGCUUGUGGCACCAACGCUUUCAACCCAACCUGCCGAAACUACAAGAUGACGUCCUUGGAGCAGGUCGGUGAGGAAGUGGUCGGUCAAGCUCGAUGUCCCUUCGAGUCCGGUCAGUCCAACGUCGGACUGUUUGCUGGUGGAGAUUUCUACUCAGCCACUAUGACGGACUUUCUGGCGAGUGACGCCGUCAUCUACAGAAGUCUGGGAGACGGUCGACCCGUCCUCAGGACCGUCAAAUACGACUCCAAGUGGCUCAGAGAGCCUCACUUUCAGCAUGCCAUCGACUACGGUAACUACGUCUACUUCUUCCUGAGUGAAAUCGCAGUGGAGUACACCGCCCUGGGCAAGGUGGUGUUUUCUCGAGUUGCCCGGGUUUGUAAGAACGACAACGGAGGAUCUCCAAGAGUCCUGGAGAGAUACUGGACGUCCUUCCUAAAGGCCCGGUUGAACUGUUCGGUUCCUGGAGAUUCCUUCUUCUACUUCGAUGUUCUUCAGUCUCUCACCAACGUUCUGCAGAUCAACCAGAGACCUGCGGUGGUUGGAGUCUUCACCACUCAGGCCAACAGUAUCCCCGGCUCAGCAGUUUGUGCCUUCUACAUGGAUGACAUCGAGAAAGUCUUCAACGGCAAGUUCAAGGAGCAGAGGACCAGCGACUCGUCCUGGACUCCGGUAGCCGACGAACAGGUUCCCCGACCGAGGCCCGGUACUUGUGCAGGUGACGGUCCGGCGUCAGACUACAAAUCGUCGGUUCAGUUUCCUGAUGAGACGCUGACCUUCAUCAAGUCGUAUCCUCUGAUGGAUGAAGCUGUUCCCUCCGUCAAUGACCGACCCUGUUUCACCAGAACAUCCAGCAGGUCCAAGUUGACCCAGAUCGUGGUGGACGUCUCAGCCGGGCCCUACAAGGACCGAACUGUGAUGUUCCUGGGCUCAGACGACGGACGAGUCCUGAAGGUUUUGGCGAGCACGCAUCCAAAUGACAGCUUCGGGUCCAAACUGCUGGAGGACAUCGACGUCUACAACCCGUCCAAGUGUAACGUUCAGGGUCAGGAGGACAGGAGGGUUCUGGGUUUGGAGCUGGACAAGGACCAUCACGCCUUGUUCGUAGCCUUCAGCAGCUGUGUUAUCCGAGUGCCGCUCAGCCGCUGUGCUCAACACGGAGUCUGUAAAAAAGCCUGCCUGGCCUCCCGUGACCCGUACUGCAUCUGGCUUCGGACCGGGAGUUGUGCCAACAUGGCGCCGGGUUUCAAGGCGGGGUUUGAGCAAGAUAUUGAGGGCGACCACUCGUUUCACCCCGACAGCUGCCACGCUGACGUGCUGGCGACGACAAGGAACCAGGAGUCUGCAGCCGAUUCGGCGUACGGAGUCCGUCGCCUCCCAGAGCUGGACCAGCGAGCCGGUGCUAACGUCCACUACACACUGCUGAUCGCCUGCGUGCUGGUGGCCUUCUUCCUGGGUGCCAUCUUGUCGGGUUUCCUGGUGUCGUGCUACUGCAGCCGGAGCGCCGCUCACCGGGCCAGGAGGAUGGGGAAGGACCCCGAGGCGUCACUGCCUCACGCCCUGUCGCUGAGGUCGCUGGCCAAGCUCAAUGGGUUGCUGGACGGGCAGCCGAAGGAGGACAAACUGGACGUUUCCACGCCGAAGAUGUACAGUUCCUUCAUCCCCAAUGGCCGGGCUGAGCCUCACCUCCACACCCCCGGACACCAGGGCCUGCCGCUGGGAGACCCUGACCUCAGCCUGUCCCAGUCUCUCUCUCAGGCGGAUGGAGAACUCUCUGGCCUGCCUACACCUGACUCCACCCCGGAGCUCCCAAUCAAGAACAUGAAGGCCCUGCGGCACCAUCAGUACGAGAAGAACCAGAACUGCAACAACGCCAAGGACAACAACCCGAAGUCGGGGUCAAGCUGCUCUGGAUCCAAUUUGGGAUUCAUGGCCGUCGUUGGGAACUCUUUGACCCAGCAGGUGUAUCCAUUCUCUCAUCACCACGGUAACAGUUUGAGCAACGGCUCAGCCCUCGGAGCUGGCGCCUCCUCGACUUCACUUCACCUCCCCGAGGAGAGGAAGAUCUCAAAUGAUGAGCGAGCAGCAGCAACAGCAGCAGCAGCAGGAGGUGGUGGAAGCGGAGGUGGAGGAGUCCCACAUCACCACCACUCCCAGCAGUCCCUCCCCCAGACGGUGGUGGAUGUGUCUGCACUGGACGAGUUGCUCAAACACAUCCACGAGGUCAGCGCAUCGGGAACAGGAGGCAUCAAGGUCCUCACCUCCACAUCCUCCUCCUCCCUGUUCCCUGGGCCGUCCUCCUCUGCCUCCACCUCUGGAGGGCAUCAUCAUAAUCAUCAUCACCACCAUCAUCACAGUCAUCACAGCCAGACCCGUACACACCACUACAACCACAGCCAUCACCAUAGUAACCACCACAACAAUAACAGCAGCAGCAGUCACCAUCACCAGCAGCAGAUCCCUGAGACGGAGUCAGCGCCGUAUUAUAGCACCUCCACCCUGCCGAGAGAUGGCCUCCCCAAACGCCUGGACGCACCUCCUCAAAACUCUACUUCAUCGUCUGCCACCUCCUCAUCUUCAUCCUCCUCUUCUUCCAACAACCCCACAUCCUCCACCUCCAUCCCUUCUUCCUCCUCUUCCUCCUCCUCCACUCCACUCCAGCAGCAGGUGAUUCCAGAAAGACCUGGAGGAGGAGGUGGCGGCGGCGGCGGCGGUGUAUCUGUGGCUCGCCACCACUCUCAGCGCCACUCCCUUAUUAAGAUGGGCAGCGGAGGUGGCGCUGUACCCCGUCACCACAGCUUCAACCAACGGGGGACACACGCGCACUUUCUAGCCAGGAUGAACACCAACAGCAGCUGCAACGUCAACCCGGGCGCUAGUGCGGCAGCUAACACAAACAUCAGCACCAACGGCGAGAGCCAGCGGGCGUCAGUCGCAAGCACCUGCCUCACACGGCAGCACAGUUACAGUGGAGGGCCACACAUGCAACGGGCAGCAAUCGUCAGGAGAACAGCGUCGCUUAAACCCCAAGUCCCUCCAAAACCACUUUUCCUGCCAAAUACAGCAACUUCACCCGUAGCAGAGGCAGGAAAGUACCACUACUGAGACUGUAGGGGGAAGUGGCGCCACUCCAACAUGGCCGCUGCAGUCCUCAUCGAGAAAAGCACUUCGAAACGCCUGCUGGGCCUAUAAGAAAUGACAAAAAGAGAACACUGAUGGGCCAGAAACAAACAAAAGACAAUUGUCCCCAUCACUCCUCAUUACAACCCGUCAGUUGUGGUUAUUUUCCUGCUGCUGAGGGGACGCCGUCUGUCGCCUCUCUGAGUCACGAACGCCGCCUCACAGCCACAAAGACAGACACUCUGUGGAUCGCCAAAUAAACAACAUCUCUGACUCAUUUCUUCAGAGGUCGAGGCUCAUAACAAACUGCGGAUCAAAACCAGCUCAGACGAGAAACAUUCCAAAAGCAGGCCGAAAGAUGUUAAAGAUUCAAAAGGAGUCCCCAAGGCUCGAGGUGGCCUGAAAAAUUCUGGAUUAAUGCAGUUUCUUAUGAGCGCUUUGAUCUAAUGUCCCCGGUUGUUGCACCUUGGCACGUGGCCCAGAUUUCAUUUGCAAAGAUUUAAAAAGCAGGGAAUUGGACUGCUGCAGACCUGACAUGAACUGAAUCUGGGAGUGCUGUAUUGCUGCGAGUCCGACGAUGGCAUUUCCUUUCCACAGGAGAUAUCACACUAAAAUCAUAUUUAAAAAACCCCAGUGGAUAAUUCUUACCUUUGCUUUGUUUGUUUCUGAGUCUGCUCUGGAAAAUUGAAAUCGACAGGAAAUCUUCACUCUGUGGAAGGAAGGAAAAAACAGAAACGAGUUGAAGGGAGGAGACGAAACUGCAGUUUUUGUUGUCAUGCACUCAAAAGAGAUGGAGAUUUUUGCAGACCAACACUUCAGCUACACUCAGAGGGAAAAGACACUAAUGCUGCCUGAGCUGUGGGAUCGCAUAUAAGUGUCAAAACCCGGCAGCCGAUACCCUGACAGUACACAAACACCAGAUGAAUGCUCCUUUUUAUACCAUAUUGGUAUCUAAACAACAAAAAGCAACCCAGCAGGUGAUUGAGGAGGAUUUCUGAUAAAUGCUUCUCUUAAAUUACUAAUUCAUGCUCUCAAUACACUUAAUGCUCCCACAGUUUAAUCAUUUGCAAUUAUCUAAUUGAUCCUCUUGAAUUAAUAAUUGCCCUCAAAUUAUUUAAUUUGCCUCCUGCGUAUGUCUUCACCAGGGAACAUCUGCAGGAUCUAUAAUGUGUUUAAUGUGGUAUCGAAUUCAGCUGUAUUAAAUGCUCUGCUGUUUGUCAGAAUUUUUUCUCAUCACCUGCUGAGUGCCACAGCUUUUGACAGGAUGAAAUGUAUCGGAGAGUUUGGUUCACCCAAAUUACAGCAAGACACGUUUUCUCGCUCACGUUGUUGUGCAGCGGUUUCCAGAGUGGCUGUGAAAGACGGAUUGAGGGCAGUGCAGGGGUCGCUCGGGUUUGUUGUUUCAUUAAUUGCAGUUUUAUCUUCAGACAUAUCGUAAAGGAAAAAAACAUGCAUCAAAGGUAUUGUAGUAGCAAGACUAAGGCCAGUGUUAAGACUUGAUUAUACUCCCUUGUGAAUGUGCACACGUGCGUGAGGUUUGCUUGGAGCAGUCCAAUUCAUACGUAACCCCACACAGUAAUGGAUUUGGGAAGAUAAUUUAAUUUAUGUCAUGCAGAUACAGAAAAUAUUGCACUAGUCUUAUGGUUUGCGUCCACAGGGGCGUUUUUGGAAGAAAGGGGUUGCACCAUUUCCUACAACAGAUGUUAACAGCUUUUCUCCAAUACCAGCUACACACUCCGGCAACAAACAUUGUUUUUUUUACUUUCUUUUAAACUACAAACACCGUACUGACUGCGUUUCUGGAAACAUCUUGAGAAACAAGCUGUUUAGGUGCUGAAUUUGUCUUUUAUUUUACAUCAACAACAGUUAGUUUAGGAGUUUCCAGAGGUGGUGAGUUGCAGCUGGAAGCCCCUUAUUUGCAUAAAGUAGUCAAGAUCUUAAAAUUCUACAAAUGAAGAAAAUCCGACAUGAAGCCCCGUCUUUUAAAACGCAACAUGCUGCUUCCAGAAUGUGACUUUGUACACAGACAUCAAAUGGAAAAUGUGGAAAGACGGAUCUUGUUGAUGCAAACUGUUAUGCUAAUCUGUAAGUACGUAAGGGUUCGCAUGACAUAAACUUUGUCGGCUUCCCAAGUCCAUUAAAGUAUGUGAAGCUCCAAAUUUGCAGCCUACAUAUAGCUUUAACUUUAAAAUUGUAAUACAAAUCUGAAUUGGCCAUAGGUGUCAGGUCGUGAUUGUGCCCUACAAGACUUUCUGCAGGAUAAAGCAGGUAUUGCAAAUGGACGGAUGUAAUUUGCAAUAUCCAUAAAAAAUAAUCACAAUUAAAUAUUUCCCCAAAACUGUUCAGCCCUCGACCUGUCCAGGGUGUACCCUGCCUUCGCCCGCGUCAGCUGAGAUAGGCUCCAGCACCCCCCGCAACCGUAGUGAGGAUAAAGCAGUGUAUAGAUGAUGGAUGGAUGGAUGGAUGUUCAGCCCUUUCAUUGGUUAAUAGAAAAAUUCAAACUACAGGAAAAGUCUGCGGAUCAGUAGAUUAUUAACAUUUAUCCUCACUCAGACAUAAAAUUCUGCACCAAAUAUGUCCAUUAGUCCAACAGCUGUUGAGAAACUGACCUGCACGACAGCCUGCACACCUUUAAACAUCAGUGUUAUUUGUUCAAAUUCAGUCUAGUUGCUUGUGUCUAAAGUGUCACUAUGUGUUACUGAAGUUUCUGUGGGUUUAAACUACUUUGUGAACCGCUGCUCUUGUGGUGUCCAGCUGUGCAGAUCGACCGAGUUUGAGAUUUGUGUGUCAGAUUCAGUGCAACACUGUGUAAUCCACAAAACACACUGGACACAGCUUUUAGAAGGAGUAAUUCUUCAGUCGUACUAGUUUUUAUACCGAGUCAGAGUCACUGUGAACAAGUAAACCCAAAUUCUCUGUGUAGCUGGACAGCACAAGGGGCGAGUGAGAAUAUGUCGGUUUAUUUUGGUGGUAAUUUGGGUGAACGUGUUCUUGUCGAGUCAUUUUACUUCCUUCACUUUGACAGAGUUUCCAGUACGACCACAGUCUGCUGCCGACUACAGUCUGUGGGGGUGUUUCUUCGUUGAUGCUCUAAAAACACCCGACUGUGAAGCGAAUCUGCUGUUUCCUGGUUUACUUUUACCUCCCAGUGUUUUAAGAACUCUUUCUAUUCUGUGGCUGCUUGUUCUGCCUGUGCUCUCGGCCUGCAGCGGUCGAAGGUUAACACGACAACACGCAGGCAACAUCUUAAGGCAACGGAGACGAGCGAUACUCCCAGCAGCAGCAAUAAAAGUUGGCGACUGGGUUGGAGCGAAAAUCCCUGUAAAUCAAAGAAAAAGCUGCGUGAAGCUGAAGUACAGAUGGUGGAUCCAAAGAGCUGCGAGUUGGCACUCUGUGUUGCCUUGACAUGUUGCUGUGCAGGUUUGGUAAAGAUUGAAAAAUGAAUGUGAUGAUUUUAAGAUGUGGAAAGAUUAAAGAAGCAGUACUGAUCCUCAUGCCUGAAGGUAGGCUGAUUCUGAAGAACUGGCUGCUCUGCAUAAUUUAACCUGUUAGCUGCAUAAGUGACGCUAUAUUACUGGUCAAAAGAGACAAUUUUGGUUCGAUUCUGGUUUCCGACUUUUGCAAUAAACAACAUAAACUAUGAGGAAAAACACCUGAGCUGCACCACAUGGAAGGUUAAAACAGUGGGACAAUUAAAAGCUACAAAAACAAGCUGCACUGAUUAAAGAAAGAAAAGGUGCUGACUUUUUCUUUUGUUUCUGCAAACCCUGUGACGGUGCAUUUAGGGAGGCUCGGAAAUCUGCAAAAACAACAACAACAAAAAAGAAUUUAUGAGAUAUAUAUAUAUGAGCCAGAACAUUGGCAAUAAACAACCAUCCUUUGAAUGUACACAUAAUAAAAUUCUAAUUUUUAGAAGCUUGGGGAUGAUUUAAGAUUUCUAAUAAUGCUACAAUUUUAGACAGAAAGGAGCAAACUAAAGAUGAUUAUGGGCUAUUUUUAAUGCUCCAGUUGAGAAUAGUGUUUUUGUGCAAGUUGUAACGGAGCUGCAUGAAGAGUCGGAUGAAUUUGAGCAUUUGCUUAUGCAUGUUUAUGGAGUCAUUACAAUCUGCACAAAAAGCUGAAAAAAAGUAACAGUUGACAUCUGCUUUGAAGCCUAAAAAUAGUUUUUUUUUUCCUUGUAAUUUGCAAAGAAAAAGAAACCAACUAAAAGUGUUAAUUGUUGUCCACACCUGUGUUGUUAAAAACUGAUUUCCAAGAUGUACUUUUUCCAUCCUGCUAAAACAUCCAUCCAUCCUCUAUACACCGCUUUAUCCUCACUAGGGUCGCGGGGGGUGCUGGAGCCUAUCCCAGCUGACUCAGGCGAAGGCAGGGGACACCCUGGACAGGUCACCAGUCUGUCGCAGGAAUACAUAUACAGACAAACAAUCACUGUCACAUUCACACCUACGGGCAAUUUAGAGUUAUCAAUUAACCUCAGCAUAUUUUUGGACUGUGGGAGGAAGCCGGAGUACCCGGAGAAAACCCACACGUGCACAGGGAGAACUCCGUGCAGAAAGAUCCCGGGCCCAGGCCCGGGAUUUGAAUCAGGGAUCUUCUUGCUGCAAGGCGAAAGUGCUAACCAGUACCCCACUGUGCAGCCCCCCUGCUAAAACAAAUUUAAGUAAUUUAAUUUAAUAAAACAAGUAACCUAUUGUUCUCUGUGAAUGAUCAUCUUAGAUUGACUGAAACUAAGUUUGGAAGGCAGGAAAUCUCUCUAAAAACAAAUGCACAGAAUAAUGUGAUUGGAUGAAAUAAAAUUUUUACUCAAGGUCCACUUACUGAGCUUUCUGCUUCACGUUUGCUAACAGUUCUGUGCUAUAAAUAGUUGUGAACCACUUCUCUGUAAUCAUAAUCUUCAAAAAUCCGCCCACCACCAUGCUAGCUGAAUCAGUUUGGGAAGACUGUGAGGUGCUUUUUUUAAAGUCCUGGACAAAGCUAGGAAGCAGACCCAGAGUUAACACAACUAAAUUUCCUCGUUAAAGAACGCCCGUUUUCUUAUUUUGUGCAAAACAUCAGCAGGAAAAUAAGAUUUCUUAGACAUCCUAGUAGAAAAAAGGCAGAUCAGUAAACAACAAACAAACUUUUUUCAGUUCACUUUGAAGCGUCUGUUUGGUUCCCGGCAGCCGGUGAGACAGAUAAACAUCUGGCAGUCGGUUUUGGUUUUAUCUGACUCGCUCAGCCGGCCGGACACACACUCCCCGAGCAGAUUAAGCAAUAACGAAGUGGCGGUGAUGCUGCAGGAGAGUGUUGGUGAAGUCAGAUCCAGACAGGCCGAGAUGCCUCUGCACCAAAUGAUGCAACCUUGAGGCCCCCAGCCGUCGAGGGCGGAGGUGCUGAAAUCUGGGAUGCUGUAAAAGUCACGGUGCAUCAGGCCCUUCCAAACCAGACUCACUAGUCUUGUUCAGGUUUAAUAAAAGAGGACAAGGAAGAAGUUUGAUUCCUACUUACUGUAAAGGGGAGAUUCAUGUCAGGGCCUCAGUUUGAGGAGGUUACAUCAUCCUCUUUCAUCUCCGACCCCGAAUCUCUCGUCUGACUGGAACUGCCGUUUGAUGUAGUGUUGUUCUGGUUGCUGGAAGGCGGCUGCCUGCAGGAAUCAAAGUCGAAAUUAAUGGGUCGUGUUCACUAAAUCUGCGCUACAACCCUCAGUGGCUGAUUCUGUAGUUUCUACGGCAGAACAAACAACAUUUUAAAAAGGGUGGCUCAUAAUGAGAGGGCUGGUUCUGUGCCACAGAAGAGGUUAGAAGUCUGCUCUGUGAGUUUUGAAUCACUUACCCCACUUAAUGCAGAUUGUGAAACCACUGCUGAGCAAUUUUUCAAGGCAAAGUACUUUCUAGAUUCUCUCCUUCGUGCAGUGAUGCAAAACAUUUCCAUAAAACAUAUUUCUGUAGGAAGUAGUGACCGGUUUGUCCUUUAUGGGUGCAUUCGAGGACCAUUCGAUACCCCAGAAAUCUCAGUCUGAUGGUAAAAUACGCUGCUGGAUAUUUAAAAUGCUGACCGACAAUUAAACGUGGAUGUCAGAAAAACAAUCAUUGUUUGCUGAAAAUAAAAGUUUUGUUCAGGCAUUUGAAGCUGAAGUCUCUGAUGUCAGACUGUCCUUGAACACUCCAACACAGAGAGUUUUCGGUCUUUGAUGAUUAAAACUAUAAAUACAAAAGUGCUCAUUGUCUGCACAUUGAUUUUCCAUAAAGUCGAACCAACCAACAAAAGAAAAUGCCUCCCCUGUGGCUGUGAGAUGAAGGUGAAAGCUCAUAAAGAAGGACCAAAACAUUGUUGAAUCAGAAUAAAAAUGUCAAAUUUCCACUGUUUCUUGCUUCUCCAGAAUAAUAAUCUGCUGCUGUUCUCUUCUCAAUGUAUACUGAAUACCUUAAAGAAUGGACUAAAUAUUGGGAUAUGCAACUAACACUUCACAUAAUUAGCUCUCUAAUUGAAGAAAAAAAAUCACCAUAUUAAUGGAAAAAAAAUUUUUAAAAUGCUAAUUUAGUAAUUAUUUAGUACCAACCAAAGAGUCUAAAAUUGUCAAAUAACAAAAACUGGGAUUGAUUGUCUUGUAAUAUUUGCAAUUUUGAUGCAUUUUUCUUCAGGUGUUUCCUGAUCUAAACAAAAAAAAAUGCACCUUAAGUUUGAAACCUUUGUGGAAAGACUUGUCCUAUUUCUCAGAUAUGUACAGGAGCACAGAGACAAUAAAGUCUGAUACUAGAAACUAAGGAACAGCCAAAAGUACCUGAAUGGUCCUUUGAAUGGUCCUACAAAGCCUCUCCAUGUUAUCGUCACUUUUGCACCAAACAGGACACACAUGCAAUCAGCCAGCCUGGUUUCCAAGAAGCUACAAUAAAAGUGAACAGUAGUACAAGGUCAGGAAUUUCACCUACAGACAUCAUCAUUUCUAAAUGCUUUUACUUUGAAAUCUAACUGUGACUUGCUCCAAAAUAUGAUUUGAGAAAGAAAACUAAGGGAUCUGCACUCAUAGAGAGCCAAAAAGACAAACUGAGGAACAAGACUCUUCAUCUGUCAGAAGGCUGCUGAAGCUUAAUUAAAAGGAGAAGCUGACGUUCACUUGUAUUCCGACUGAUUAGGAAUGUUUUCUCUGGGUGCUACUGUGGGGACGCUGGCUCAUUUUAUAAAAGGGUUUUUGUAUGAGGAUGCACUUGUAACCUUGAAAAUAAAUUUGUUUAUUCAUUUCGUGGUUCUCGUCCUCUAAACGUGCUCUCUGAGAUUCAGCUGGAGAGGCGGAGGGGGAACAGAGACGCUGUGACACGACUGAAUAUGGACUCACAGCGCCACCCGGUGGGCCACACCAGAAUGACAAUGUAAUAAUGUCAAACACUAUUAUGUUUACCUUACUGCUAUUAAUUAACAAUGUGGAUGAUGGUGUAAAUAAAGGCUACUGUGGAACAUUAA